AUGUGUGGUAUCGCCGAAGUAGAGGUGCUUAACGUAUACAUUCCGCAGUCAAAUAGCUGUGCCCCUCGUUACUUGUCCGACAUUAGUCAUCUUUUGGAAAGCAAUAACCGUCCCAUGCUAGGGGAUUUCAAUGUUCACCAUGAAUUAUGGCAUUUCCACCAAGAUGCCUUUUUGCGUUUAAGUCGUCAAAUAUUUAUGUCCGACUCCGAAGAGGAUUCCGAACAGGAAAAAACAAAACAGAAUGAAACAGCUAACACAACAAGUGUGGAUGAUGAAAACCAGCAAGAAAAUCGAAAGAAGAAAAUAAAUGGUGCAAAUAAAAAUCCAAAUGAAGGAAAUUGCCACGAAGACAGUGGCGAUGAUCAUAACAAUGAUGGCGAUGACGACGAAAACAACAGUCAUGAAAAAUUCCGAAAAUAUCACAAAUCUCAAAAGCCUAGAACAUCGGCAGCAUUAAAUGUCAACAAUGAAACAAUAACAACCACAACAAUACUACCUCAACCCGCUACGUCUCCUCGAAAUGAAUAUUUGGCAACACAAAUUUCGAAUCACAACAAUAAUCGCAUUAACACGAACAACACCAGCAGCAGGAGAAGGAGGAUGUGUAGUAGUAGUUCUGAUAAUAGCAAUCCAUAUGAUGGCGAUAUAUUGCCUAGUUCUGUUUCCAGCAAUAAUUCUCCCAAAAAGAGACCCUGUGAUGAGGAAGUGGGAAAUUCCGCCACCAAUCAUCUCGCAGACAUUGCUAUACUGCCAUCAACAUCUUCGUCUACAUUGUCUUUAUCGGCAGUAUCGGCAUCAUCCUCGUCGUCAUCAUCAUCCUCAUAUACGACGCUACAAAAAUUAGAAUUGGAAAAUGGUGAUUACAAUGCUCAGGUUCCUCCAUUAGAGACGAUAUCAUCCCCCAACAACAAUUUUCCGUCAUCAUCAUCAUCGUCACCAUUGAAAAAACGUAAAAUAUCCCUAAAUGAUUACAUCCACAUACGGAGAAACAGCAACAAUUUGGCCGAAUUGGAAGAGAACAACAAUGAAACAAACAAUAAUGAUAUCUUUGGUCUGGACGAUCAUUUUCUAAAUGGCAAUGUCGAUGGAGACUAUCAUCAGCAGCAGCAGCCGAUGGAGCAUAUGGAGUCUCCUCCCCAACACACCACACCCCAAAGGCCAACAAAUCUAAAUAACAGCAAUAAUAUGUCGUCGAUAUUUUUAAAUAACAGUAACAUAAAUAGUUCGUAUCUCUUUACCCCCGAUAGUGGUGUCAGUCUAAAUAAUUCCCUGACCACACCCAGUACUAUAGAACACAAUGAUGAUGAGGGUCACGCCUCAACGUCACGUUUUAUGAUGGCUCAUCACCGCCUCUCACCUUGCCUAGAAGAAGAAGAUGGCAACAAUCCAAGUGGUAAUAAUCAGAAAAAUAAUAAUCAUGAAGAAGAUGAAGGUGUUGUCACCUUGAAAAUACAAAGAUAUCAACAGAAAUUAUCACGCUACGAACAAAAGCUAGCCCGAGUACGUCGCAAUUAUCGCAAACAAUUUGUUGAUGAUUCAGAAAGUGAAUAG